UCUCAACAGCACACAAUUUUCCUAACAAGCUCCAAUGGAUUUUGUUCUAAAUUACCUUAACACCACUACCAUUGGACUUCUUUCUCUAAUCCUCUUUUGUUUAUUUUUGUACAAUCCCUUCAAAAAAUUUAAAGGAAAAGAGGCUCCUAGGGUUGCAGGAGCAUGGCCAAUACUGGGUCAUCUUCCACUGUUGAGUGGUCCAAACACACCCCACAGAACUUUGGGUGCUUUGGCUGAAAAAUAUGGACCCAUCUUCACCAUCCAACUUGGUUCCAAAAAGGCUGUGGUAAUCAACAACUGGGAAAUAGCAAAGGAAUGCUUCACCACAAACGACACGGUGGUUUCCUCUCGCCCCAAACAUGUCGCCAUUGAACUCAUGGGCUAUAACCAUGCCAUGUUUGGCUUUGCACCCUAUGGUCCCUAUUGGCGCGAGCUUCGAAAGAUUACAAUUUUAGAGAUCCUUUCCCCUCGUCGAGUGGAACAACUGCAGCAUGUUCGUGUCUCCGAAGUUCAAACCUCGAUCAGAGAGUUGUAUACUCUAUGGUGUAGUCAAAAGGGUGAGUCUGGCUAUGCCUCGGUUGAGCUGAAGCAAUGGUUUUCUCACUUGACAUUCAACAUGGUUCUUAGAAUGCUCGUUGGGAAGAGAUAUUUUGGUGGUGAAAACGUGGACGAUGAGAAGGCACAGAGAUGUGUGAGGGCUGUGGAGGAGUUCAUGCGUCUGGUGGGUGUGUUCGCAGUGGGAGAUGCUAUUCCUUGGUUGAGAUGGCUUGAUUUCGGAGGCCAUGAGAAGGCAAUGAAAGAAACUGCCAAAGAUUUGGAUAGUGUUUUAAGUGAGGAGUUAGAGGAACAUAGACGAAAGAAGGGUUUCGAUAAAAAGGUUGAUGAAUUUCAGGAUUUCAUGGAUGUCAUGAUUUCCAUCCUUGAUGGAAGGACUAUUGAUGGAGUUGAUGCAGAUACCGUUAUCAAAGCCACCGUGCUGGGCAUGAUUGCCGGAGGAAAUGACACAACUAAUACUGUUAUUACGUGGGUGAUAUAUUCGAUUUUAAGAAAUCCUUUGGUAUUGGAAAAAGUAAAAGCUGAAUUAGACAUUCAUGUUGGAAAAGAGAGAUUGGUGAGUGAGGAUGAUAUAAGUAAGUUAAAAUAUCUUCAAGCUACAGUCAAAGAGACUUUAAGAUUGCAUCCUCCAGCUCCUCUCUUGCCACCUCGUGAAUUCAUAGAGAAUUGCACUUUAAGUGGUUAUAACGUAGAAAAAGGAACUCGUCUAUUCACAAAUGUUUGGAAAAUUCAAACAGAUAGCAAUGUUUGGGAAGAUCCAUUGGCGUUCAAACCAGAAAGGUUUUUAACAACUCAUAAAGAUUUUGACAUCAGAGGUCAUCAUUUUGAGUUAUUACCAUUUGGAUGUGGUAGAAGAAUGUGUCCUGGAAUAUCCUUUAGCCUUCAAAUGGUGCAUUUCAUUCUUGCUACUUUUUUGCAUUCUUUCAAAAUUUUAAAUUCAUCAGCUUAUCCUGUAGAUAUGACUAAAACCUCUCAGUCAGCCAACACUAGAGCCAUUUCUCUUGAUGUUCUUAUUAAACCACGUUUAUCUUUUACUUGUUAUGAAAAUAACUUGUCUCAUUUUCAUUAGAAGUACUUUUACUU